GAAGGUAAAAUGGUGGCUUAGGAUGGGAUGGGCCUCGUAUUGUGUUCUUAAUACAACAAAUGUUUCGGCUUUCAACUUUCUCUAUCAGAAGUUCCCGAAAAACGCGUUAUAAGGUGUAAAGAAGUCGCGGCUGAGGAAGCGGCUGCUGACAGAAUUGUGAGUCUCGGGCUUGAUGCCGCUCAGAUGGAGUGGAAGAAGAAGAGGUGGAGUUUAUGCCUGAUAAAAGGACAAUUGGUCUGAGGUGUUACCACGGAAACGAGCAGACCGUAUGACAAGCCUGAUUGGCUGUGAGCUGCUCUUUAUCCAACACUACGUUCCUUAUGUCUCAGCUGUGCUCUCAACACGAGCUCAUUGAUUGUCUCUUUGAUGUGAAGCCUACAUCAGCGGUGAGUGUAGACGAGGCUUUGUCGCUGUAAGGACGGGCUGGACAUUUGACGGUGAGCUUCUUCCUGCAUCCCUCAGAGUAGAGAAGCGGUUUAUAUACCGCUCUGAAGAACUACAGUACAGAUGUCCAGGCCGUCUCCUCUCUGCACCUCUCAGAGGGCAGCUGAGACUGCUAAAAGCCCUCUCCAUUCUUCUCCAUCUACAUCUCCAACAUCACCUUCAUCUGCUCCCUCUUCCCCCUCCUCUCACUGCUCAACCUCUCCCAGAAGAAUGGGAAUGGGUUAUCGCGGAGACGAGGAUGGCAGCCAUGCUGGGAACAGUCGAGUCAGAAAAGGUGGAGGGGACGGUGUGUCUUCAACCUCAACUCUGGCUUCGUCAUUACUCUCUGCACCUCCUUUGGCUUCAUUACAUCGUCUGUCCUCAUCACCUCAUCCUUACGAUGCUGGCCAGAGGGAGGGCGUGGACACGGAGAUAUACGACCCCUUUCAGCCCACAGAGGGUGAGGGUGUACCAGGCAUGGACGCAGGGGAUGAAGGAGAUAAGUAUGAUCCCUUUGAACCCACUGGAUCACCAGCAUCAGAGAAAGAGAUGGAUGGGGAGCAAGACGUAGAGGAAGAAAGUUCAAUCUGCAGCUUACAAAUGGCAUGCGACAUAAAUGAUGCUAAAGAGGUGGAGCUCGAGACGACUCAAGAUGCAGAGGGUCCGCCUCCAGACUCCACAGAGACAGUAGAGCGAUUGUUGGUGUCUGAUUACAUGCCCACACAGGUGAACAGGAGUAAACACAUAAGACAGCAUGGAAAAGACAGAAGAGAAGCAGCUGACUCGGAACAUUCAGAAAUAGAAGAAGGAGAGAUUGUGGGUGUUGCUGAGAGCAGAAGGGAACGGGAGAUCGAGAUAAGAAGGGAGGUGCUUCUUCCAUCCUCGGAGAGUCCUUCAUUCUUGCAGGGAGGAGGUCUGAAACCUGAGAGGAUUUUGCGAGUCUUGGAUGGUGAAGGAUUUGUAUCUGUUCGAGCGGAGGGUGAGUGGGACCAUCAACCGGUGCCCCCUAUUUGUAUGGGAGACCUGAGAAGAAAACUAACCAACAGGCGAAAGCAGAGGUUCAGAUCUUGUCCUUCUUCAGCUUCUAUAUCGCCACCUCCUACAUCUGUCCUACCAAUACCAUCUCCCUCACUGCCUGUGUCUCAGCCACAGACCACAGAGAAGAUAAGGAGUCGCAAAUCAUCCAAAAGCUCUAAGGAGAAGGACCGGCGAAAGCUAAAAGGGCAGGACAAGGAGAAGCGAAAGAAGAGGAAAGAGGAAAAGGGGGAACCGGAAAGAGCAAGUGAAGAGAAUAAAGAGAAGGAUCUUGAAAGGAGGAGCAGAAGAGAAGGGAAGGAGAAGAACAGGAGGAGGAGCAGCAGAAGUUAUAGUCAAACAAGGAAGAGCACACAUCACAGCACUCCAGAGGCAGCAUCACACUCCCAUAAUACCUCUCGGCACCCACACAGAGGCAGGUCCUGGUCCAGCCCCUCAGAAGGCCACCACAGAGGGAGGGACCGUGAACGAGAUCGGGACAGAGACAGAGAAAGGGAUCAAUACAGAGAAAGGAGGAGAGAUACCCGAGAAAGAGAGGGAGAUAAAGACUCCAGAAUGAGAGAAAGAAGGAAAAGAGAUCGGAACGAAGGAAGCAGGAGGUCAAGUAGCCGAGAGAGGGGUGAUGCAAGAAGGAGAAGAGAAAGUACAGAUAGAAGAGACAGGGAUAAAGUAAGUGGGCGGGAAAGGGAACAGGACAGGAGAAGAGAUGGCCGGCCUGUUGUACCUCCGUCUAUUCAAGAUCUAAACGGUUCAGACCUUUUUGCAAUCAAACGUACUAUCACUGUUACCACUACACCCCCCACUACCUUGGUCCCUACCUCUCCUUCCCAUGCCCAGGAUCGUUCCCGAAGCCCUAUGCAGGGCUCAGACAAACCUCGCAAGCGCAAGAGAAAACGGAGGAGGCGCUCUGAUGAUGAGGAGGAGCACAGGAGCAGAUCUCCUCCCACUUCACUAAGCCCUCUUCGAUAUCACGCCUAUGAACCUGACCGGCUCUCAGACCACCCCGAGCCAGACAUGCUUUCUUUAGAUGGAGAGGCACUGGACUCGGAUUACCCUUCACUCGAGGACUCCCCUGUGCUCCCUCCUCCCCCUGAGCCUCCACUGCCAAGCCCUAAACUGAAAUCCACAGCCCCCAAAGGUAGUCGGCACCAUCAGAAGAAAAAAUCCAGAUCUAGGAGCAAAAAACUGGGCCAGUCUGAGUCGUCCACUUCCUCCUCUUCUCAUAGACCAAAAGCGAGUAAAAGUAAAGGCCUUUUGCCCUCACUGUCUUUAUCUCUUUCUGCGUCUUCUGGCAACACCGUUUCCCUUCCUCUCGCUGCUUCUUUAUCCUCUGCUAAGAGAGUACGGAAGACUGGGAAAGAUAAACCAAGCAAGAAGGAAUUGGGUCGCUCAGGAAGAUCCAAGAAGCUUGGUGGAUGCAGCAAAAAGAGUAAACUACAGUCUAAAGUCUCAGUGCUGGUCCGGGAGGGAGUAAGCAGCACCACAGGGAACUCUGGUAAACUGGGUAUUGAUCUUCUAGGACCCAGUGGAACAACUGGUCCAUCAGUGGUUGGUGGGUCUAUAGCUGUGGUUUUCCGUAGGGACAACGAAAGUCGAUCUCCAUUCCUAAAGCCCUGUUCUGAACCACUUUCCCUGCCUGGUAGAGUCAAAGAUUUGAACAAGACUAUUAAGCAACGGAAUACCCUUUCAUCCAUGUCCUCAACAAACCCAACAGGACUCAAGUCAAAGAAAGUCAAGCCAAGCUCUACCACCUCCACAUCAUCAUCCGCUUCCUCACCCACAUCAUCCUCAGUGGCAAAGCGCAGACGAAGGCCAGUGAAGAAGACCCGGGAGAAAGGUCUAGUAGUUGAUGGUCCUAAUGCCAAAGGUGCCAAUAGCGGUGCUUUGGGAUCUGGUUGGACUGGAGCAUCAGAUAUUCAGCCUGGAAUCGGUUCUAAACCAUCAAGUCCACCCUCCACACGUCCUGGACCCACACCUUCAUCCUCAUCUUCAUCAUCAUCGUCUUCAUCUACCAGUGUCCUCCCCCCAUCUUCCUCACCCCCUCACACUCCUCCAUUGUCUUUACCACCCUCUCGAGACACUAGAGAAUCUUCUCCAGACUCUCAGACUGUAGAUAGCAGCUGCAAGACCCCUGAACCUUCUUUCCUUUCAGAAGACUGCUCUGUUCAGUCUCAAUCCACUCUGACUGUACCUGCAAAGUCACCCCCUAGUCCACCACCCUCAAGAGGAGAUGGAAUUUCACAAUCUGUCACCAAGCUCCUCCCGUCGGAUGACCAGAAGUCGUCACCACCAUGUUCCACUUCGUCAGCGUUGGUCGCAGCUUCUCUUGCUCAUUCCAUUCCUCCUCUGGCAGCUGAACCUUCCUCAUCCUCCUCAGCUUCAGUGUCUUCUUCAACAGUCAGUAAGCCUCCACCCCCUCCUCCCCCACCCUCUGCUGUGUCACCUUUGCCAUGGAGCCUGCAGACAGGCGUAGACUGCACCGCUGGAGGUGUACUAGCAUUGACUGCUCUCCUGUUUAAGAUGGAAGAAGCCAACAUGGCCAGUCGAGCCAAAGCGCAGGAGUUCAUUCAGGCCACAAGUCAGAUUCUCUCUCAGGCUAACCAAAACCAGUCUCAGUCGCAUUCUACAUCUAAUUCCUCUGCAUCACAAGUUCCUGCUCCUCCAUCACAUGCCCCACCCCCAGGCCCAACUCCCACCCAGUUCAUUCUCCAUGGCUCCCUCCCGUUGGUCGGCUGCACCAAAACCCCACCUUCGCACAUACACUCUGGACUUUCACUAGGCGGUGGAUGUGCUCAGACUCCACCUCCUCCGAUCCCUGCAGGUCUGUCUGGGCCAGCAGGAGGCGCCACUGAGACAGGCUGGGAUGGAGACAGUAAAGACCCUGACAAGUAUUUAAAGAAGCUGCACACCCAGGAGAGGGCAGUAGAGGAAGUGAAGCUGGCCAUAAAGCCGUACUACCAGCGCAAAGACAUUAACAAAGACGAGUACAAGGACAUCCUGAGGAAAGCUGUGCACAAGAUCUGUCACAGUAGGACAGGAGAGAUCAACCCAGUGAAGGUGAGUAACCUGGUAAAGCUCUAUGUACAGAGGUACAAGUAUUUCCGGAAGCACGGGCGCAGAAUGGACGACGAGGACAAGGAAGAGCGAGACUCCACCUCCCUGCACGGCUCCACAUGAUUGGACGUCAGGACCGUUCAGCAGACUUUGUAAUUCUCCACACUGUGCUGUUAACGUAAAGUACUGAACUCCGCCUCCACACCGAGCCACGCCCCUUUCCUGUGUGUUUAAUCUAACUGUUGGAUUAAAAACUAGUGCACACUUUAGAACACUUUUUAUAGGGACUCUUUUAGGUUUGUUAUGAUUCAGGACACUACAUGGAUGUGCUUUUUUCUCUGAAUGAGGAACGGUAAAAUAUUCAUCAGAGUUAAUCACAGGCUCCUCCCAGUCGCCGGUCAGAGGUAGACGAGUGCAUGUUUGAACCGUCAUUUUUUUUUUUUUUUUUUUUUUUUUUUUAGACUUUUUUUUUCUCCGUUUUGUUUUUAAAUUGUGGUCCUUCACAUGUCUGAUGUGUUUAUAGCACAUGUUCAUGGAUGUGGAGAAAACAGACUUUUCCAGUGACCGAGCUCGACACCGUCUCAUCAUCUCAGAUUCUACAAGAACGUUAGCAGCUUCUCAGACAUGUGGCUGUAGACGUGCAUGAGUUUUAGACCGUAUUUACUCCAGGAGGGACAUGUGAUCAGUAUAAAAGUGAACCCUGAGCUUCGGUCACGCCGUGACUCGCAUUUUCUCUCUGCACGACACAGCGGCUCAUGGGCUGGGCUUCGGAACGGCAAGAUCAUCAGACGAUAAACUGAAUUAAAAAAAAAAAAAAAAAGGAGUCCGACUCGCUGCAGUGCCUGAUGAUGCGGCGAGAAGCUUCUAAAAGAAACAAUGCAUUAGUAGAUUUUGCUGGCAAUAUAUAAACAAAAUAUCAAAGAACCUACAAAAGUCCUCAAAAGGUCGAGUUGAUUCACUUUUCCUACACGGUGUAUAAAACUGCAGCGAAUGUAGUUCAUGUUCAACCUGAAACUUUAGCUGAGUUUUUGUUAUACAAUAAAUGUUUAUUCUACAUGAAAUGGGAGCGACGUUGUGAGGAGGAAUCUGGUGGAAUGUAAGAAAUGCUGAAAUAAAUUAUUAAACCUUUAACUGAAAGGUGAACGAGUGAAAGUGGGAGUGUUUCUGAUGAAGGAGGAAAAAACACAUCAGUAAUGAAAACUGCAGUUUAAAUGAAACACUUUUAUCAUCAGUCCCCAAA